AUGCUAAACAAAGACGGCUGCGCCAGGGAUCUGAGUAACGUGGGGGUAGACGCCAUCGCGCUGAUCGACCACGCGGACUUCGUCUACAGGAACAAGGAUGAGCUCACAUUCUCUGAGUUGCUCUCAGUCGUGCUCGGGCUCCGAGGCAGGAACGAAACGAAGGUGCAAGACCUAGUGCAGCUGCGCAAGUUCCUCCAAGUUGAGAUGCAACGAAUCGAGGGGUCGGUGGAGAAUCUCCACAUCAAGCUCGUCGGGGAGUCUGGGCGUCCCGAUCCCACCGAGGACGUGGUCAAACCCGUCUUGUUCGGGCGUCCCGAAGCCCCCGAGGACGUGAGGUGGGGGAGUGACCAGGCAACACCUCCGCACCUCCCGCCCCCUGAGCUCCCCUCCUGCGGCGAUCUGGAGAGAAUGAGCACACCUCCUCCCGACGGGCGCUGA